AUGAAGAAAAUACCAUUCCUCCUGGCCUUGAUGGGCUCCUCCACGGCCGUUGGAUACCCCUGGCACUACCACGACGGCAGGAUUGUAGUCCGCGAGAUCGUCUCAGAGAUAUUCGGAUCUUCCGCGCCGGCACCUCCACCUCCAUACAACAACAUCAAUACCUCGCUGACACCAGCAGAGGCUCCUCCGAGCCCGUCAUUAUGGCCGCCGAACAUCGAGUCAUGCCAUUGUCCCGUAACCUACGUGCCAAUGCUGCCUGUGGAGUGUACAGGAGAGCUGUUCUAUGCCACAAAGCCUCCGCAGACUGUGUACACUACGAUCACCGAAGUGCACACGUUGAAGCCUAUAGAUACAGCGCCUAUGGGCCCUCCUACGCUGGUCACCCCUCCUCCGCCAUGCUCCACCUACAGUUGUCCUCCCGCACGCUGUAAAAUGGGCCUUUUCCCUUCUCUCGCACCUCUAAUAUCGACCGUCAGCGUCACCAAGAAGACCACCAUCAUGGGCGUCCCCUCCGCCGAACCACCGCCAUCAUUCCAAGAUACCAGCUCAGGAAGCGCAGCAGGCCAGAAUAUACCCCCUACAGCCUCGCCAACUGACGACUCGAGUGCUUCUCGGCCGUCCGGUAAAUCAAAGUCAGAUUCUGGCUCCCCAGACGAACCUCACAGCGGUUCUCAGGGAACUACUUCUUCAGCCAGCCAGGGUAAUAGCCCGGAAGGCCGUCCAGAAAACAGUCAAGGAAGGCCUCAGAGCGGUACUCCAAAUGGUCAGCAAGGAGGUAGCCAAGGGAGCUCUCAAGCCUCUCGACAAACAACGCUUGCUCAGCCUCCCGGUAGCUCCAUGCCAGUUGAUCCGGGGCCUAUCACCUCAGAAGGUGCAGGCCACUCCCAUUCAGUCCCUACCAGAACCAUGUUCAACCUGGGUGGGAUCCCUAUCACUAUUCAGGAGACUGACUCCGUCACUCUUGGAAAUGGGCCGUCACGCACUACUAUUACUAGUAAUUCUACCCCGACCACAUUUGCGGUUGAUGGCCAUACUUUUACCGUAAACCCUUCAGAGGUAAUCUACCUCGACACUACUUUCCACCUCGGUGCAGAUCCUAUGAAGUCACCACCACUCGUAUCAGGUACGGCUAAUCCUACGGACAGAGGAGACAGGGAGGGUCCGCGAACCGACAGUGAGGGCCAUACCAUAUCUCCUCACUCAUGCUUCGGACAAGACCGACCUUCAGUCAGAGUCUUGCAGUACGGAUAUCCACUAGUAUCAACACCACAUUUGUUCUAG